AUGGAAAGAUCUCAUAAUUUACACUCGAGUUUCCACGGAUCCUUCAGGAGCAAGGAAUCGUCGUCGACAACAGGCAGCGAUCCUCGUGAAAAAAUAAAAGACUGCCUCAGGAAGUUUAUAGCAUUUAUGUUUACACAAGUGGGUGUUGGCGCGCUGGUGGUUUGCUAUGCGAUCUUAGGUGCUGCGAGUUUCAUGCAUAUAGAGAAAGACAGUCCUGAUAUGCAACUAGUGAAAGUCAUCAAGUGGCGUCAGAGCUGUGUCGAGCAACUGUGGGGCAUCACUAACAACAAUGUAUGCCGAGGAGUGAACACGAUGCUGCCUGUUCGUCUCCGACGUGUGUCUGGGUACGAGGGUCGUGUGAAUGAUGUUAUAUUUCGACCAGCGAUCAGUGAUGCAGCUCGUGGUAGGGAAACACUGGUGUUCUUUGGAGGAGAUGUACAGGACUAUCCAGAAGCGAUGCAGGCUCACCGUGAUAACAGACACUACGUGAAGUGGAAUCUGGAGAGUACUGCCCGUAUGCUCGGGGAAAACUUCGUCGACAAACACAUUGUGGUUGUGAGACCUUCAAGGAUAGAGUUCAAGAGCUUCAGUUGUUACGACAACUUCGUUCCCAGUAACAACGCCGGUGUGCCAGACCACACGCCCACACACCACGCUCUCAUACAUUUAGAGAGAUUGCUGAAAAACGUAAGCAUCAGAAUGAAAACAAUGUCUGAGAGAGAACUGUUGGAUGUUUUGAGAGACGUGUCGGCAGAGGGCGGGCUUGAAGGAUGUCGCCCAGCCGAGCGCCAGGAGCCGAGCUCAGCUAGAGAUCCUUUGUGGUGGAGAGAAUCCCUCGCCCUAGAUGAGGGUUCUAUUUCGUUGGUCGGGUUCAGUAAGGGUUGUGUUGUACUGAACCAGAUAAUAUAUGAGUUCCAUUACACACAGACACUCACACCCGGAGAUGAACAUAUGAUGAGGUUGUCGGGUCGUAUCAGUGACAUGUACUGGUUAGACGGAGGUCACGCUGGUGGUAAAAAUACGUGGCUGACGGCGCGCUCACUACUGGAGACUAUCGCUACUAGAGGUGUAAAUAUCUACAUCCACGUCAGCCCCUACCAGAUCAAAGAUGAGAGUCGGCCGUGGAUCGGCAGAGAGGAGAAGAUAUUCAGUAGUCUGCUCAAGAAACUCGGUGCUAAGGUUCACCGCUAUACUCACACUCCUCCCGGGCCGCAGUCGCUUCACAUGCAUUUCUCAGUGUUGGGGAACUUCAAGCACAUCCAGGACUCGAACCCGGGACAAAGCGCCGACUCCGACGAAGAUACAUCCAAUUGA